UAAUAUUUGUGACACACGUGCGUACAUCUGUGUAAAAGUUUGCGCAAACUAACAGCUUACCACUUAAACAAUAUUACUAACCUUUAGGAAUUAAAACUAUGUCGUCUAGAAGUUUUCGUUGAUACCAACCUUAUCUCUGCCAUUUUUCCGGAAAUUGUCGCGUUACCUCAAGCAGCGUGCCUACGUCAUCUCACGCAUAUGCGCUGUAUGUGCUGUAGCAUCGCACUAUAUUACAUCUAGCAACUAUGGGCAUGCGUUGUAGCGUGGGAAAUUUUCCCGAUCUCGCAGCACUGUCGGGACGCGGUCUUGCACGUGCAAAAACACGCGGGAGUACUAGAGGAGCUAUUAAGGUUUAAUUUAAAAAAAAUUUAAUUUAUAGAUUGACGAUGGCAACUUCAUUAUCUGAACAACUUUCUCAAUUGAGAACUCCACAAACAGAUUUACUCCUGCAAGAUAAAACACGUCCCAGUUUAUUGUUUGAUCCAAAAGAAGCUGCAAGUUUGGACCGGGCGACUCUAUUAAGUAUAGGUCGAAAUGGUCUGGAAAAGUUGGUGGAACUUUGUCCGUUCUUCAAUAAGUUUGAUAACUCAUUGUUUGCUAAGAAUUCUGUGAACUUGGAACGUGCUAUUGAAGAUGCCACAUUAAAUGAAUCACUGAAUAGAGAAAUUGAAAUAUUUCUGAGAUUAUUAUCUUCAUAUUUUUUACUACAUGCUUCACAUAAAGCAUUGGAAUGGCUCAUAUAUAGAUACCACAUUCAUGAGUACAAUCGAGAUCAGUUUGUAUUGCUGAUUUUGCCGUACCAUGAAUCUCGUAUAUUUGCUAGGGCAGUACAAUUGUUGGAUCUGUCAAAUAAAGGUGACAAGUGGUAUUGGAUGAAAUCUUUGCAGAAGCGUGGUCUACCACAGGUCUCACAGACUAUUGUUAAUCAUUUGAGCACAGAUGAUGAAUUCCUGAAGAUGCUGUGCAAUCAUGUAAUAUCUACAGUUAAGGUCCAUACCAACCAAACAUCUCAGCCAACCACUCUGUGUGCUUUUUAUACUACAUUGGUAUUAGGUUUAAUUGAACAAGCAACCACCAUUACUGAAACUCAGAUCAACUAUUUAUUACCUACUCUUUUCUAUGGUUUGAAAAGUUCUGUUCUCGAUCUCACUGCUGCCAGUUACAUGAUCAUUGCUCAUUUGAUGACAAAGGUGAAGUUAGAUGACUGUACAAUAGAAAAAAUACUACUAAAGACUUUCAAGAAGACAAAUUUGAAACAGGAAGCUACCACUCUUUUACUAUAUCUCUACCAGUCUCCAAUUAAUAGAUUGACUGUCAUACCCCAAAGUCUGGUGCUUCAACUAUCCAGUUUGCUCUGGUUUAUUGAGACUGUUUCCCAGAUCCACUCAAAGUCUAUGAAUGCGUCGCGAUUUGCUGUGCCUUUUCUUCAGGCAGCUUGUCAAGUGAUUGCUGAGGACCCAGAUACUACUAUCAGUGUUCAAAACAUGAUGGACACAUUUUUGACACAUGUGAGACUCAACGACGAUGCAGUGGAUGCGAUUUUGUCCAAUGUGCUAACAUGUAAAUUCUUUAGAAGUGAAAUGCCGAAAAAUGCAAAGGAUUUUAUAGCACGAUUCUACCAGAACUUUGAGCGUAGUUACCCAGAAAGGUUCGACAAGUAUUUGAAACAUCUCACUGAACAAGAUGAGAACGACAUAGAUUCUAAACAGGCUUUAAAUUUCUUCAUAUCCUGGCCCUUCAUCACUAAUGAGAUGCAGGAAUCGGUUAAAAUCUUGGACAAAUUGUCUCACGCCAGCUCGGCGCAGCGACUUUGUGCUUUAGAAAUUCUCGGUGACAAUAACAUAACCAUCCCUAAAAGUUUUCGCGGUAUGAUGAGAAAAACGCUUCAAGUACGGUUUUACGACCCUGAUGUGAACGUUGUGAAGGCCUUGUUGUCUAUCCCCACCAACAAACUAAUCAGUUUGCUACCUACUGAAACUUUAAUGGAUAAUUUAAUGACUUUGUUAUCGACAUGUCACACUGCGUCAAAGAAGGAAUUAGCAAAGCUGGCUUUGAAAAUACUCUUGGAACUUUGUGAAGAUGGAUACGACACUAAGAUUUUCAUUACAGCUUUACCAUACUUAUUUCCGGCUACAAAAGAGGACGUGGCAGUUGCUAUGGAAGUUCUGUACUCGAACUUUGCAAAAAAUAAUAUCUACAUGCAGUACAUGAUGAAAGAUCUCGAAAAGAGCCCAUUGAAUGCGGAUACUAUCUCAUCUACUGCUUUUCACAAUAUUUUGAACUAUGAACUGCUACCGGACACGAAUAGUAUAUUAAAUUCAAUGCGCCAGCAGAUUUCUCACGGCGAUGCAGCGUCUUUAUUCUUUAAUAUGAUCCUGUUAGGCUCAGUCUGUCGGGUACCUGUGGGUUCCAUGCCGGCCAAUGUAGCGCGUGAAGUCAUCGAGAUGGCAACAGAGAUGAUCAAAAAAUACCCGCGCAUUCAACUACUGCAUAACUGCAACAUUAUCACCGGCGACAAUAUCCAGGCGGCAUUAAAACUCACAUCUGAAGGCAUCCUUCCACUGCAGGUGGGCACUUACGUAUUGGAAAUGGUGCACAGACGACUAAACCUUAAAUCUGAGCCUAAGCUUGAUUUUGUUGAUAACGCUGAACAGAGUAAUUUGACUGUUAGGUUGUUGGAGAUGUUCUUCGAAGGCAUGGAUAACGAAAAGUGGAGAAAACACUAUUUCCGAUGCUUGCAGAUUUUCUUCCAGAGACAUUUUGCCAUGAUGAAGGAUCUAAUCAGUUUCUUAUCGCAGCUGUAUAUAAGACCUGUCCGAGUGCAGACUUCUUAUCAUUGCCUGCAGAUUACGUUGGAGCUAUUAGAUAAUUCCUCUAUUCAGUGGGUGUUCCAAGAUCAGCAUUUUGUGACCAAUCUAUUGCUGGUUCUUGCGAGACCCAACAACGUUUGCAGAUCGAUGGCAGUAAACAUCCUGAAGAAGCUAACUCAAAAUCUUGCUCAUUUUAACCUUGCAAUAGAGCCGUUCUGCGCGCUGCUGCAAGAAAUAGCAGUUAGAAGCGACGAGAUUGUGCAAGACUCAGAACAACUAUCGCUCAUGUUUUACUAUAUUCUUUCGCCGGAUCUUGAUGUAUCUUGCCUAAUGAAGCAACGGAAAAAGUUGCAACAGGCACAAAAACUACUAUUCGACGUGGUGUUGCAAGAAGAGAUACCGAUAGACCGUAGAUCUGAAUUGUUGGAUGUGUUGACACAUGUCAAUGACACGGAGAUUCUCCGGCGAUUGGCACCGCUAGGUCUGCGGCUUUUACAGAAACUAGAGAACGAGUCAACCAGAAGCCAGCCAGCCGGCAAAGCCCUGAGAAACAUCCUGCAACGCUUUAAUCAUGUCACGAUUGAAGCAUUGAACGAUAGCCAAGUAUGGUUGUUUUUCGAAACUAGUAUUUUGCGACAUGAUCUUUACGUACUCACCGAGUCCCAAGAACAAAUCUCGCCGAGCAUCAUAUUAUUGAAACAGAUUAACGACAUGUUUUUUAUGUGUGCUGGCAAGAUCUCACGCGAUUUGCAAUCAAAGAUUUUCUCCAAAAUGCUGGACGUGUUGACUGACUGCGAAGUGAGCAAAGUCAUCUCAAACGCAACUCGAGCGAUGCACAGAAUCCGUAUCGAUGCGUCGUUUAUUAUGUCUGAACUGCAAACGAUGAAACAAAAUAGGCCUGAGCAGCAGCCAGAAGAUACCCCGAAGAAGAAAUCGAAAAGAUAUAGUCAAAUGUACCUGUUAGCGAGUCCCAAGAUAGUGUACACAAAGGCAUGGAAACGCGGUGAGACUUUGCUGCAAAUCGUACAGCAUGCAAAGAAUAUCGAACAUGAAGAGACACUUUAUGGAGUGCUGUUUGACCUGGUGAACGUUUGUGUGAGUUUAGAAGAGUUGAGUCCGGUUGAGUAUACGAAUCAGUUGAUCUUGCAGACGAUCUACCGUAUGAUGAUGCAAGACCUACCGUUGCGCAACGCCAGUUUAUACAUUUCUUUAAUCACAAAAUGUAUUAGGACAUCACGCAAUCCGCAGACGCAUCAUCAUGCGUUGUUGGUGCUUGUCGAAUUGUUGAAGAAGGUUGAUGUAAAUCGAGCAUUUCUUAACAUUAUGCCCAUUUUCACAUUUAUGGGCAGCACGGUGGUUCGUCAAGACGACUCGUAUUCUAUUCAGAUUACUUCCAAAGUCUUGGAGACGGUGGUACCGAUCAUCAAUGCUGAUGACAAGGAAAAUAAUGCUUGCAUGAUGUUACGAAUCUUCGUUACUUCCUUGCCAGAUAUACCUGAGCACAGAAGAAUAGCAUUAUUUGUUAAACUGCUUCAGCUUCUGGACAAAUAUCUACAUUUUUAUUAUCUGAUCACCUUCGAGAACCAUGCGAAGUUGAGCACGAAGCCUGUAAACGAGACGUCUGCUCAGCAUCUAGAGUUUGCUCUUCAGAUGUGCCAGGAGUUUCCGUUGCUACGAUUACUUCAGAUUUGCAUGAAUGUGAUCGAUUUCGUCAAAAUUCUGCCGAUCGAUAUUGAAGAAGAGCAAGACAAACAGACAGCAAUGAAUUUUCCGUACAAUCAUGUAUAUGACGUGAGCAAGUCUACCCCGAAGAUUCUGCGACAUUAUAAAUUAACGGCAGUGCAAUUCUUCAGUAGCCUUUUGUCCUCUCAGGACUUUGUCAAUCGUAUAUCUCAGCUAAGUACACACGAAACGAUCGAGAUGAACGAGUACUGCGAUAAUUUGGCGAGCCAAUUGAUCAUGCUGAUUCAGAUGAUUUCGAAGGUCGCUGAUCAGGAUCAGAGCAAACCGAGCGCUAAGUAUUGGAAGGUAUUACUACAUCAUCUAUACGAGGCGCUAGAUCUGGUAAACAACUUGUUGCCGAACACAAUGUUCUUGAAGAACGUCAGAUGCUUACAGACAACAGACGUGCAGUUAAGUGUAAGAAAGAAGAUCCUGGAUCUGCUGAACGUGAGGUUGGCUCAAAGAAAGUUUGGUAACGAGGAUCACGUAGAUCUUCUCGGCUUGAUCGAACAUCUCAUUUGCUUCGUUAACGCUGAAGAGAAAAUCGAGAGUCAAGAAUAUGAGCUUGUUCAACAAACGACGCUGGUUUCUCUGAAAUUACUGGCAAAAUUAUUGGCCACGGAUCAUCCCAACGUCUUUAAGCCGAUUCUGGAGAUGACGACAGAACUAUUACGAUCGAAGGAUGGCCCGGUGUUGGCUAAUGCAGCGUUAUGUGUCGCGGAAUUAGUCUGUCUGAUGAGAACACACGCUCUUACCUUAUUGAACAAAUUCAUGCCGCCGAUCUUGAAAUUGCUGAAGACUCAUUGUUGUCAGAACGUGCCAGAUAUAACAGUCGUGAGCAUCGUGAGUGCUUUACAGAAGAUAGUGGACUCUCUGGGGAACUUCCUCUCGUCUUACUUGAGCAAGCUUCUAUUUGAAUUAACUAGAUUGAAUUCAUUGUACACUGGCGUGGAUCAUCCCAAGACCGGUAUUAUAAUUUCGCGACUGAAGAUGAUCACGCAAAAAAUAUCUAACUACACACCUUUGCGAAUACUGUUGCCGGUUGUUAGCACAACGUAUGAUACACUGUUGAGGAAAAACUUGUAUCAUCGUAUACCGUCGUUAAUGAACAUAUUAGCCGAUUGCUUUGACAGCGUGCCGUCGGCAAAAUUAAAUGUGACUUCAUGUCUCAGUGAGUUCUUUCUCAAAGUCUUACAAUUCCGCGAGAGCAUUAAUAGCUACGAGAACGAUGACAUGAGCAUCGAUGUUGAAGACGUUUCAAAGCACAUCGUCGCAAUUGAGGAAAGCACUAGCAAGGCUUUCGUCGCUCUGGUCUUAAAGUUGAGCGAAGUGACUUUCAAUCCCUUGUAUCAGGACAUCUUUAAAUGGGCAGAAAAAAAUACGAAGCACAUGGAACGAAACAUAACAUUCUACAAGUUAUCGGCAAAUAUAGCAGAGAACUUGAAAUCCUUGUUCUCUCUAUUUGCCGGACUUUUCCUCAAGCAUGCGGCAUUGCUAUUGAAAACCAACAACACAUAUGUUAGCAAUACGAAACACGAAUUGACGCUUCUUGAAGAGUCGAGUAGAAUCGAGUUGGUAGAGGCGAUUUUAUUGACUCUUCACCGUGUAUUCAAUUAUGAUGCGCAUAAUUUUGUCAGUCAGGAAAGGUUUGAGAUCCUCGCGCAGCCUAUAGUGGAACAAAUAGAGAAUACAAUGGGCACAGAGGAGGAAUACGAAAGCCGAGCUAGCCGACUGAUUGUACCUUGUAUAGCUUCCUUUGUCAGUGCCAUUCCUGAUGAUGCAUUACAUAAGCAGCUGGUUUGUCAAAUAUUGCUGAAGACCAAGCAUACGAAGCCUUACGUCAGAAGAACCGCAUUGAACGGUUUGGUGGAAAUCGCGAGGAAACUUGGAGAAGAUUUCCUAUCGUUUCUACCGGAAACUAUGCCUUUCUUGGCGGAGAUAUUAGAGGAUGAAGACAUCACAACAGAGAAAUGUGCGCAGAAAGCUGUUUGCGCUUUAGAGGAAAUUUUAGGGGAACCUUUACAGAAAUAUUUCUAAAUAUUUAUCCUUGAAUGUUGGUUUGGGCGUUAAAGCAACUGUAAAUAUUUUUACUAAGAACAUGUGUGAAAACAUGUGUGUCUCUUUAAAUAGAAUUAUUUUCUCAAAGUUAUCUUAUUCCGAUAUAAACGUUUGCUGUGUAAAAAUGUAUUAUAUUGUAAAUAUAUAUUAUAUUGUAUUUUUAUGUGAUACUUUUAUAUGUGCGUAAUAUUUUUAUUCCGUCGUACGCUAUUUCUAAUUAGGUAUAACUAACUAGUGGGUAAAUAUAUAAGUAAAUAUUGUAAACGAAACAGAAAAAGAAUAUAAAUGAAU